UUCUUACAGCUCCUAGACAGGAGGAACUCCAGGACUUCAGAAGUAGCAGAGUGAGUGCUCACGAGGUGCAGGCUCAGGCCACACCCAGGGAGGAGCAACUAGGGCCCUGCCUAGGGAUUCAAGCCAGUGGAAGAGCGGCCCCAGGGCCAGACCUGGAACUACAACCCCCAGGCUCCCCUCGCGGCUGCACGUGGUCCCGCAGCCCCUGAAAGAAAAGUGCAACAGCUUGGCUCAGUGGGAACCGCGUCUUCCGUGCGCAGGAGCAACAGGGUGGCCAAAGUGAGCGUGGUGCCAAGCGGAGGAGCAAAGGUAGACCUUCCAGCAGCUCGAUGGCCUUCCCUAAGAAGAAACUCCGGGGUCUUGUUGCUGCCACCCUCACCCCAAUGACCGAGAAUGGAGAAAUCAACUUUCCUGUAAUUGGUCAGUAUGUGGAUUACCUUGUUAAAGAACAGGGUGUGAAGAACAUUUUUGUGAAUGGCACCACGGGAGAAGGCCUGUCCCUGAGUGUCUCUGAGCGUCGCCAAGUGGCAGCAGAAUGGGUGACACAAGGGAGGAACAAGUUGGACCAGGUGGUAAUUCAUGUGGGAGCACUAAGCUUGAAGGAGUCACAAGAACUGGCCCAGCAUGCAGCAGAAAUUGGAGCUGAUGGCAUUGCUGUCAUUGCACCUUUCUUUUUCAAGUCACAGAGCAAAGAUGCCCUGAUAAGUUUUCUGAGGGAGGUGGCUGCUGCAGCCCCUGCUUUGCCUUUUUAUUACUAUCACAUUCCUUCCUUGACGGGGGUAAAAAUUCGUGCAGAAGAGCUGCUUGGUGGGAUUCAGGAGAAGAUCCCCACCUUCCAAGGACUGAAGUUCAGUGACACUGAUCUCUUAGACUUCGGGCAGUGCGUGGAUCAGAAUCACCAGCGACAGUUUGCCUUGCUGUUUGGGGUGGAUGAGCAACUGCUGAGUGGUCUGAUCAUGGGGGCAACUGGAGCCGUAGGCAGUACCUAUAACUACCUGGGGAAAAAGACAAACCAGAUGCUAGAGGCUUUUGAACAGAAAGACUUCACUUCAGCCCUCAAUUACCAGUUUUGUAUCCAGAGAUUUAUCAACCAUGUGAUCAAACUCGGUUUUGGAGUGUCACAGACCAAAGCCAUCAUGACGCUGGUCUCUGGGAUUCCAAUGGGCCCACCCCGGCUUCCCCUGCAGAAAGCCACCCAGGAGUUUACAGCUAAGGCUGAGGCCAAGCUGAAGAGCCUGGAUUUCCUUCCUUUCCCUGGUAUAAAGGGGGGGAACCUGGGAGCCUGCAGCUAGUGCCUGUUAAGUCUGGGUAUGUUUACUGAGACUUCACCCAUCUUCAAUAGUACAUUCUCUUCUCAGGGACUUUUUAGAUGAUUUUGAGCUAAGCUUUCUUUUAGCAAAUGGAAUCCCACACUAAUAAAUAUUUAAAUAACAAA